UGGAAUUCUACUCAACCUUUAGACUGUAGAUCACCUGGCAAGCCCUCCAUCAGCGGAAUCAUGUUGGAUUCCCAGUCCCAGUAAGCUACCGUGCGGCACUUUUUGACAAGAAUCCUCUUCGUUUCAUCGGCUGGGCUAUUUCUCUCGGCCCCGCUCUGUCUGUCUCUUUCAAUAUCCCUCGGGCAGACAGUCGUCUGGAGCGCUUUGUCUGCCUUGCGCUCUAAAAGGCGCUCGUAUGAACGAGGUUUUCGCCCUGUUCAGGCUGACAGAGUUGUGAAUUUGUCAUUUUAGUGAGCGAUUGAGUAAUCUAGGAAGUCAGCCUAUGUGCGUCUGCUGGUUUCGCGUGCGGACCUGUACUGUCUCACUCUCGUUUCUCCCUGAAGGAUUUCCUACUAUUGGUUGAGCGAAGAGGGUGCAAGAAUGCAGACCAUGAAUGUUACAGGCUUGGUGCAGGGAGUUGCCAUUCCUGCCUCCUUCUCGAGCCUGAAGAGGAUGGAUUCGUUGCCAGCUUGUUUGCAAGCGCCUUCCGGCGGGUUUCUCAGACUGUCGUCUGCUAAGAAGGUGGGAAAUGUUCGCAUGGCUCGCAGUUCGGGCGUAAGGAAUAUGUCCCCGGAGAUUGCAGAGAUGGAGCCUGCCUCGAAAGGAAGCCAACUUCUGGUGCCACGCCAGAAGUAUUGCGAGUCCAUCUACAAGACUGUUCGCCGAGAGACAAGUACCGUCAUGAUUGGAAAUGUAGCAGUCGGUAGUGAACACCCAAUUCGCGUACAAACCAUGACCACCACCGACACUAAGGACAUCGCUGCCAGCGUGGACCAGGUGAUGAGAAUCGCCGAUAAGGGAUGCGACAUCGUUCGAAUAACUGUUCAAGGAAGAAAGGAGGCAGACGCCUGUUACGAAAUCAAGAACACUCUUGUGAAGAAAGGAUACAACAUACCGCUUGUUGCUGAUAUUCACUUUGCUCCUGCCAUCGCCUUGAAAGUAGCGGAGUGUUUCGACAAAAUUCGUAUUAACCCAGGAAACUUUGCUGAUCGUCGAGCACAGUUUGAGAUACUUGAGUACACAGAGGAUGACUAUCAGCAGGAACUAGAGCACAUCGAGAAAGUCUUCACUCCUUUGGUUGAGAAAUGCAAGAAGUAUGGGAGGGCAAUCCGAAUUGGUACAAAUCAUGGGAGUUUGUCUGACAGAAUUAUGAGCUACUACGGUGAUUCUCCUCGUGGAAUGGUGGAAUCAGCUUUUGAGUACGCCCGAAUCGCGCGCAAGCUGGACUUCCACAACUUCCUUUUCUCUAUGAAAGCCAGCAACCCAGUUGUCAUGGUUCAAGCUUAUCGGCUGCUCGUAGCUGAGAUGUAUGUCCAGGGAUGGAAUUAUCCUCUUCACUUGGGUGUCACAGAAGCUGGAGAAGGGGAAGAUGGUAGAAUGAAGUCAGCAAUCGGUAUUGGAGCCUUAUUGCAGGAUGGCCUUGGUGACACUAUUCGUGUAUCUCUAACCGAGGCUCCAGAAUACGAAAUUGAUCCCUGCACCAGGCUUGCGAAUUUGGGAAUGAAAGCAUCAGCUGAGCAGCGAGGAGUGGAUGCUUUUGAAGACAACCACCGCCGCUAUUUCGACUUCCAAAGACGAACGGGCACCCUUCCAGCUCAGAAAGAGGGUGACACCGUUGAUUACAGGGGAGUCCUUCACAGGGACGGAUCCGUCCUUAUGUCUGUCUCUCUUGAACAGCUGAAGAAUCCGGAGGCACUCUAUAGGGCGUUGUCUACCAAGCUUAUUAUUGGCAUGCCGUACAAGGAUCUAGCAACCGUGGACACUAUUUUCAUGAGGGAGCUCCCACCUGUUGAGGACAAAGGAGCAAGGUUGGCAGUGAAAAGACUUAUUGACAUUAGCGUGGGUGUGCUCACUCCUUUAUCUGAGCAACUUGCAAAGCCUCUCCCAAACGCCAUGGUUCUUCUCACCUUGAAGGAAGCAACAGAAUCUUUGGACAAAGUUCCUGCAGGAACAAGAUACGCAGUCACUCUCAGGGGCGAUGAAUCUUACGAAGAAUUAGACAUUCUGAAAAGCCUUGACGCAACCAUGUUACUUGUUUACCUGCCAGAAGAUGAACAAAGGUCCAGCCGUGUACAUGCCUCAAGAAGGUUGUUUGAGUAUUUGGAAUCGAACUGUAUCAAUUUCCCAGUUAUUCAUCAUUUGAACUUCCCAGCAGGAACUCUCAGGGACGACCUUGUAAUCAAGUCAGGAAGCGAAGCAGGUGCAUUGCUUGUGGAUGGUCUUGGUGACGGUCUUAUGCUGGAAGCUGCCGACCAGGACUUUGAGUUCCUAAGAACCACCUCUUUUGGCAUGCUUCAAGGCUGCCGUAUGCGCAACACGAAGACGGAGUAUGUCUCCUGCCCAUCAUGCGGACGAACCCUGUUUGAUCUCCAAGAGAUUAGUGCGGAAAUUCGGGAGAAAACGUCACACUUACCUGGUGUUUCCAUCGCAAUUAUGGGCUGUAUCGUGAACGGUCCGGGAGAAAUGGCGGAUGCCGACUUUGGAUAUGUUGGUGGGGCUCCAGAUAAAAUUGACCUUUAUGUUGGCAAGGACGUUGUGAAGAGAGGAAUUCCCAUGAGUACUGCUACAGAAGCUCUGAUUCAACUUAUCAAGGACAAUGGUAGAUGGGUUGAGCCCGAGGUAGUUGAAGCAUAAGCAGCCUCAAUCCAAAUUCAUCUAGGAAACAAGUUAUGCUAGUUUAGAUAUUCUUAAAACACAUUGGAAUCAGAGUUACGCUUUCGCCUCUGGACAGCUGUGAGAAAGAAAGAGAAGAAAGGCAUGCACAUUAGAGGCCAUCACGAACGGUGCAGUAUCCGAAGCGAAUAGUUCCGGCUUUGGAGAUUGGCAUGUACAGAUGAAUCGAAGGAUCCUGGUCAGCAUUUACCCUUGUAACACAUAUUUUGUACCAUUCGUUUGCACCAAUGAUAAUUAUCACAUUUAACGCUUUUGGUCGAACCAAAGUUCCGUAUAUGAAGU